CGUGGAGAGUGGUACCCCCGACCCGCGGCGGCUGCUGACGAAGUUCAGGCCGGGCGGCUGGGCUGCAGUGUCAAGGCAAGGCCAGCAGAUGGCAGUAUGGCUCCACGCAAGAGGCACCCGCGCCGCCAUCUCCCGCCGCCGCGACCCGGGGAAGUUCCUAAAAUGUCGACUUGAUGCAAGCUCUUCUGGAAUGGGAGCCCCAGAUUUGAGCGAACGGCGGUCGUAUAUUUUCGGUGCCGCUCACGCCUGGCCAGAAGCCUCGCUGGGAGACAAAAAAAAAGCAAGCGACUGGGUCUCGCCUGACCUGCACAGUUCGCGCCCGCGUCUCUCCCCAUCCUGGGCGGGGGCCUAGCGCUGCGGUGCUGCCGCUGUCCCGAGGCUGCGGGGCGGUAGCUCCAGGCGCGGGGACCGAUCUAGGGUGACCGUGCCCACCCUGGGGCAGGCCUCGGGGCCUCACGACACUCGGAGAACGCGACCGACCGGCGGACAGACACCAGGACUAAGGCCUACAGCCCGUGGACCUGGUGACCCUCCAGAGGGCGCGCAGAGGGCAAACACAGUGGCCGAGGGUCCUGUGGCGACCCGAGAGACCCCCGAAGGCUGCGUCCCGGUGCAGGGAGAGUCAGCACUCAGAGGCGAGCCGGGACCCCGGGACUCGGCCGCCUUAAAAACGUCACGGGACAAUCAGGCGGCUGAGAAUUGGGCGUAAAGGCGUAUCUUGCUCCAGGACAAGAGUUGACGUGGUGAAAGCCGCCCUUGCUUUCUCUCGCCUGCGAAUUUCCUGGGUAGUGGAGGCAUCAAGGCUACUCUGGCGUCCGUCCCCUGCUUCAGAGGCGAGGACGGAGAAUAAACAGUGCGCCGCCGAUUUAGGAAAGGAGGCUGGGAGACCUUGACUUUAUUCCAACCACAUGGUUUCAGUCUGUGGUGGCCUUCCUGCUGCAGCUGCAAGCGACGCUGCGCCGGCCCCAUCUGGAUCGGAGUCUAAGUCGGCCUCUGGCCCACUGGACUUGGGACGGGGAACGUAGGCAAAGAGUCGAUUUGCCCAGAGCUGAGACUUGUCCGCUUGGCCACCGAGUACAGGGCCCGCACUUCGGAGCGCAGAGACCCUCCCUGGCUUGGGCUGCCGCGGGCCCAGCCGAGCGAGACCACCUGUGAGGGCGGCUGAGAUUGGCGGAGGCAGUCAUGUGGGCGGUCACGUGCUGCGGCGAGCUCCGUCCAAAAGAAAAUGGGGUUUGGUGUAAAUCUGGGGGUGUAAUGUUAUCAUAUAUCACGCUACCUCGUAAAACCGACACUGAAAGCUGCCGGACAACAAAUCACAGGUCAAAAUUAUGAGUUCUUCGUAUUAUGUGAACGCGCUUUUUAGCAAAUAUACGGCGGGGGCUUCUCUGUUCCAAAAUGCCGAGCCGACUUCUUGCUCCUUUGCGCCCAACUCGCAGAGAAGCGGCUACGGGGCGGCCGCCGGCGCCUUCCCUUCGACCGUACCGGGCUUGUACAAUGUCAACAGCCCCCUCUAUCAGAACCCCUUCGCGUCUGGCUACGGCCUGGGUGCCGACGCCUACGGCAACCUGCCCUGCGCCUCUUACGACCAAAACAUCCCGGGGCUCUGCAGUGACCUCGCCAAAGGCGCCUGCGACAAGGCAGACGAAGGCGGGCUGCACGCCUCGGCCGAGGCCAAUUUCCGCAUUUACCCCUGGAUGCGGUCUUCAGGGCCGGACCGAAAGCGGGGCCGCCAGACCUACACGCGCUACCAGACGCUGGAGCUGGAGAAGGAGUUCCACUUCAACCGCUACCUGACGCGGCGCCGCCGCAUCGAGAUCGCUCACGCGCUCUGCCUGACCGAGCGCCAGAUCAAGAUCUGGUUCCAGAACCGCCGCAUGAAGUGGAAGAAGGAGCAUAAGGAGGAGGGUCCGGCCGCUUCCGGCGCCCCCGAGGGUGCCGCGCCCGCCGCCUCUUCAGCCGCCGCCGCCGCCGCCGCGGACAAGGCCGACGACGAGGACGACGACGAGGAGGAGGACGACGAGGACGAGGAGGAGGAGGAAUGAGGGCCCUGGCUGCACCAGACAGUCUGGAAAGCGUCUUUAGAGACUGAUUUUAUUUACAAAAGUGGAAAAAGAAAAUGUAAAAAAAAAAAAAAAACACCCACUCCCCAACCUGCAUCCAAUCUACCCCAUUACCCACUCCAGCUCCCAGUUUUUUUUUGGACUGAGCAGUCACCAAACUGGGUCCCGCUGGGGAUCCCCUCUGCCUCUGAGGACCCCCAACAGACACCCCCAACCCCAGGCCGACCAGCUCUGCGCUGGCACGGUUAAAAUACUACCUAGCACAGGCCUCCUCUGGGAGAGGCACUCCCAAACUACCUAUGGGCCCAGCCCCAGAGGGCCUCCACUCCCAGGAAGCCCAGAAGUGUCCCAACACUGUCAGACCCCCAGCACCUCCCCCAGUACCCGCAAGGACCUGAUUCUCAGUACUACCUACUCGCCCCAAACUACCUAUUUUGUGCUCGCUGGCUCGCCUGCUACCUAUUGCUGAACCCUCCCCCCUCCUCGGCCAGGCCUCUGCUGCUUCCGGCUAGUAGCCUUUGGGGUCCCUGAGGCUGCGCUGAGAAGGCGCUGGGAUCCGGGGACCAGGGCAUUGGCUUCUAUUUAAAUGGAAAAUAAUAUAUUUAUUCCAAAGCAUUCUAAGUGCUACAAUCUAGAAUUCCUCCUUCUUUGGUCUGGGCACCUCAUGUUCAGGCCCAUCAUCCCCUCCUUCUGGAGCAUUCCCAAGCUAGCUGCCUGGGCCUCUGGGUUCGCUUCUGCUUAGUAGGACUGCAGAGAUGCUCCCAGCCUCCCUGCCCCUCCCCUGGCCCUUGUGUCCUACUGUCCAGCCAUGUUGAAUAUGUGUACCCUGACUUUUCCUACAAUGGCAAAUAUUGUAUAUUUGAACAUGAUUUUUUUUUUUUUUGGUCAUUUAUAUAGUCUUGGAGCUCAUUUGUAAGGCAAUGUCCUGACUUGGGAAGGAUGUGUUAAUGGGGUGACUUUGUAGCAUGGUGUGUUGUCUUGAGCUAACUCUAUAGCCGGUGAGGGGACUUAUGCCCUUCCCAGUGCCCUUCAUCUCUUGUGUUGUCCUGUGUCCCCCUCAUCCCUCUCAGCUCUAGCCUGGGCUUCCAGGAAUGGGAAGGUACAUUUUCCUACACUUCCUGUCUUGCCCAGUUAACAGUGUUUUAUGUAACAGAAAAAUAAAGAUGCUUGAUGACAAA